AUGGAUAAAAAGAAAAACAUAUUGGAACUGGAACUUAAUAGAGUUCCACAAGAUGUAAGUUUGAGUGCAUUCAGCAUAUUAUUUAGUGAAAUAGUGCAGUACUGUUUAUGCAAGAGUAAGAGAGGAUAUCGAAUUGAAGAUUCCUUACAUGAAAUGGGCUUACGAGUAGGAUAUAAACUGAAUGAGUAUCUUCCAUAUAAGAAUAAAACAAAAAGGUUUAUAAACAUUAUAAGUGCAUUGACAUUUUUGUCGAAACAUGUAUGGAAAUAUUUAUUUCAACAUUCAUCAGAUUUACUUAAGUCACAAGAUAGUGUAUAUGAAUACAUGAUUUGUGAUAAAAAUAUUUUGCUGAACAAAUUUAUAACCGUUCCUAAAGAUUAUGGAAAUAUAAAUUGUGCUUCCUUUGCAGCUGGAAUAGUAGAAGGAUUUCUUUGUAGCUCAGAAUUUCAGGCAGAAGUUACUGCACAUACCGUUUAUGAAGACGAGAAAAAUUUCAACACUACAAUUUUUAUCAAGUUCUACCCUGAGGUAGUGGAAAGGGAGAAGAAUCACUGA